AUGCCUGCUGCCAGAUCGGCACGUAGAUACCUGACAUACCUGGAUGUUUGUGCACAUGUUAGUGCACAACACCUGCGUUUUGUACUCUUUGGUGCUUUUCAUGCCAAACUGAUAGGUGAGCAGGGUCAGGACAACAAGACAGCCAUCUCCUCCACACAGCAGACAAGAAAUGACAGCACAGGCGAUGAGGCUGCAGCAGAAUCACUCCAACAACCAGGAAGACUAAAGAAGAUACAGAACCUGGUGCAAACAAAGAAGGGCCCUCCGAGUGGAGCUGCAGCAGGGAGGAGGACCUCUGAGAAUCACGAUCAUUUGGCAGAUAUGUUGAGCAACAACAAUCCAGUGCUGACCUGCAUCGGCCUGGGGAGGAGAACGGAGAAGAAGCCCCCUAAAACUGCUCCGUCGCCACGGCAACAACAACAGGCCAAAGACGUGGACGACGAGUCAGAAGAGGAAGGGGUUUGGAGUCCACGGCUCGGGAAUUAUCUGUGGAACCCGUUUGAGUGUCCGCAGCCCUGGACGCCUUUCCACCACACCUGUCAGCAGCCUCGACACGAGCUGAUGAUGUGUGGGGGCACCUGGUCGUUGCCCCGGGCAACAGAGUGGGACCGCUUCGAGAGUUUGAUACAAGAACUGGACAGCAAACAGUCGGACCUGUCUCCUCCACAGCUGAUCCGCUCCAUCACAGACCUGCAGCUUUCACACAACACAUUGAGCAGAUUUGGGAGAUUUGACGCCUUCAGACAGCCGUCGCCUUUAUCAAAGCCACAGGAUAACGGAAACGCUCUGCAGAAUCCGGCUGCGACCACACUGAUGCAGCAGAGGGAGACGGAGACCUCACACGGUGACAGGAAGCACGUCAAGGCCUCACCUGAGACAGCGCUGACACUCAUCACAAUUGGAAACACACAGAAAGAUGAAGCAGAGAAGAGGGAAGUUGGUGGUGGGCGUGCGUUUAAUAAAGGACACAGGCGGUGCAGUAACUCUCUGGAAAGCCUCUACAGCCUCAACAGUGGACAAAGCUCCUCAAGUGGAGUCACCAGUGGGUCGGGCUGCUCCAGUAACAGGGACAGUCUGAGGCUGGAGGACGAUCUAUCCUACACCAGACAGUUCUGUGGCAGAGCCAGAGUCCAUACAGACUUUGUGCCGAGUCCGUAUGACACCGAAUCCCUCAAACUCAAGGUGGGAGAUGUGAUUGACAUAAUCGCCAAGCCCCCCAUGGGAAUAUGGAGAGGCAUGCUGAAUGGCAAAAUGGGAAACUUCAAGUUCAUUUAUGUGGACACGCUAACAACGGAGAGUCCUGAGACACCAAAGGAAACACAGACGUGCAGAAUGAGACAGAAAUCAACAGUCCAGGAAGUGUUGAAGCGUCUCAGUAUGGAGGAGUAUUUCUCGUCUCUGCAGCUGAACGGUUACCAAACAGUGGAUGACUUGAUGAGGCUGAGGGAGCAUCACCUGACGGGGCUGAAUGUGACUGAUCCAGAACACCGGCAUCGUCUGCUCGCCGCUGUCCAAUCCCUGCAGCAGCUCCACUCUAAGAGUCAGUUGGAGAAUGAGGCCAAUCAGGAGGCCGAGACCCCCGGCGUGAACACGAAGGCAGAUAUGAACAACUGCCCAAGAGACUCCGGCUGCCACAUGCCAUCUGACAGCCCCGACAACAGCACAGAGGACACAGACCUUCACUUUAUCUCUGAAUACCCUCUGCAGGCUGAGACGACAGCUUCAUGAGCAGAAUACGCCUCCUGUUUUAUUCCGAACCUGGUCUCACAGGAAUCCGUGAAAUAGCCACGGAUUCGCUUAACUCAAAAUCCGUGGAAUAGCCACGGAAUCACUCAAAUUUCCGUGAAACUGACACGGAUUUCGCUACAAUGCAAGUUAAUGACAGUCAUAUCCCGUGGCUAUUCCAUGGAUAUUUUUUCCGAUUGGUUUGUUCCAAGUCACGUGACUUUCAAGGUCCCGGCGGUCAGAACAAAAAAACAUGGCGGACAGUUCUCUCAUUUUUAGAGAAAAAAAAUCAAUAUUUUGACUUAGUUUCUGCAUAAAAAUGGAUUUUGAUCACAUUUCUAGCGAGAAAUAUCUGUUUUAUUUUCUAAAUAUUCACUCAGUGAAUAUACA